AUGAUUCUGGUCAGUUUAAGUUUUGUGUUGAAAAGUAAAAGUUUUAUGGAGCAAACUCUGUGGAAGAAAAUUAUUGAAAAAGGAAAGUUCAAUAAAUUUCGUAGCUUCAUAAACUUUGUGAUCAUUACAAGAAUGAACAUUUUUUGCCUAAUUUGUUGCGAACCUUAUAUAAAAUCUGAGGAUAUUGUGUCCAGACCAUGUGGACACGUUUUUCAUCGAAAUUGUAUAGAGCAUUGGUUCAGAACUCAACAGAGUUGUCCAAAAUGUCGCGCUGCAAUAAAUACUCAAAAUUUCAUUCAAUUGUUUUUUGAUGUUGAUGAAACUAAAAGAGAUUUUCAGAAAGAUAUUGAGCAGCACAAAAAAGUGAUUGCUGACUUGAAAGAGCAAUUAACUAAUCAUAUUGAGAUAAAUAAAAUGCAUAUGGUACACAUGAAAAGCUAUGAAGGACGAAUAGAUUUAAUGAAGGAGGAAAACGCUUGUCAACGUGAGCAGAUCCUAUGUAAUGAAGAGCAAAUUCAGUCAAUGAAGUUGGAGAAUUCUGAUUUGAAAAAACAAUUAUCCAAUCAUAUUGAAAUGAAUAAAAUGCAUAUGUCACAAAUGAAAAUUUCUGAAAGACGAAUAAAUUCAAUGAAGGAGGAAAACGCUUGUCAACGCGAACAAAUAAUGGAAUUGUUGAAAGGAGAACUGAGAAAUUUGCAUGAAAAUAAUAAAAAACUUGAACAAGAACAGCAAAACGCUUUCAGAAUAAUUGCCCAUUUGGAAGGAAGAAUGAAUGAAAAGCAGGAAAAAAUUACAGAAUGUGAACAAAAGAUCGAAAAAAACAAAUUGAAUGACAACGCAAAUGAUUGUCAAAGCGAGACAGAAAUUACAACGGUCAUGAAAGUUGGAACUUAAGAGUUUUGUACACGUAUCCAACGUCUCUCAAGUACCAAUCUCACAUUUUCUUUAUAAUGUUAUCAUCAUGUUUAGAGAUUUCAAUUUUGUUUGUUUGUUAUCUUUUUUGUUAUUACUGUUUUUUAUUAAUUUUAUUUUUUAAUAUUCUUUGGAAAUAGCAAAAGUUUAGGGUUAUUUCUAUCUUUCAAUUUGUUCUAAUUAUCUUCAUUCAUUAAAGCCAUUAAAUAAGGUUCAUUCAUAAAUAAUUCGAAUUUAUUAUCAAAAUUAUUUAUAAGAUGAAAGGACGACCUUCCUGCAUUCUUAUGAUGACGAUGAGUAAUAAAAACAUCGUUCAAAUAU